AUGGGUGUGUCGUACACCAUGGUGCUAAUGCUUGGCAAGCUGUGGAGGUUUCCGGUGUCAAGGAUAAGCUCUCCCAAGGAGAGCGAGUUGUCCUCGGAACUGUGUCUGUACGCCCAUCCACCGUUGUGCGCGAUGCACGCUGUCCAGCCACGUCUGUCCAUCCUUCGGGUUGUGGAACUCUUCUUUGUCAUCCAGGCUGCGUUCGUGAUCAGAUCGGCCGAAGGCACUUGCUAUUUCAAAUCUGGUGUGUACGAUUGUGACAACAUCAGUGCGAUUCCGCAAGUUCCAGCCGGAGAAGUAUUAGAGCUGAGAGCACCGUCUAACACUAUCUCUAGCUUGAAUCAACCAGAACUGUUCAAGGACUGGACACCCCUCAGAACACUGAAUUUGGAAUCCAACGUCCUUACCGAAAUCCAACCGUUUGUUUUUGACGACUUGACUAACCUAGAACACCUGUACCUAGCUAACAACCGCAUUGUCCAGCUGCAUCCUGGAUCAUUUACUGGUCUUGGCAGGCUGACAACACUGGGUCUCCGGGGCAACAAAGUGCCCCAGCUCCUACCCAGCGUGUUCGCAGCUCUGCCUUCCACAUGCAAAAUCUUUUUACAGGACAAUCCGCUGAAGAAGGGCAGCAGCCUGUGCGCACUGUCGCGCUUUCACGAAUAUUCCCUCACGGACGACACGGUCCAGAACAGCUACCUUCAGAGCAACUAUGCAUCAGCCUUUCACUGUGACCGAGAGAGCUGCACCACGAUACAGAGCCUGGCGUGUGCGUACAACUCCACUGCCCCCUGCCAGGGCUCUCAGGCCAAUUACGUGUGCUACCAGGAUGAGUGUGCAACAAACCAGCAUCUGUGCGGCUACGGCAGCACGUGUGUGAAGAAAAACGGCUCCUGGUCAUACGAAUGCAGUUGCCCCAGCGGAGGAACAUAUGGACCUCUGUGCAUGGAGAACGCUCUGCUGAAUGGCUACGGGUACGACUUUGACUUUGUCUGUGGUGGCAGUGGGUACUAUCUUCCCUCGGGCAUUCAGAUCCCGCAGUCCGGAAUGACCUGGGCGGACGCCAACGCCAAGUGCGGCGGUAACCUCAUCUCGCGCCAGAGCAUGUCCCGGUGCGCUGCGUCCGCCGUGCGCAUGGUCAACCACUUCUACGACCAGAAGACGCUCAAGAUCUGGGCGUCGGAGCGCGGCAAGGCCAUCAGCAUUGACCUGCGCAAUUUUGGACAGCUGUCGGACGAGGACGCGUCGGCCCGAUACAUGCCAAUAUGCAAAGAUGCGUCAGAUUUGUGCCUGAGGUGCAAGCAUGGGAAGUGUGUGUUCCAGCGGGCCGAUGAAAGAUUUGAGUGUGGAUGCGAGGCUGGAUGGUUAGGAGAACUCUGCGAUGUGGACGUGAACGAGUGUAAGAGUGAAUCGUCACUGUGCAGUGACCAGGCCAAUACUACGCACUGCCUUAACACUGACGGGGGGUAUACGUGUGUGUGUCCGCCUGGAUCCACUGGAGCUCGGUGUGAUGUCGAGGCGCCGUGCACCAAAAGCACGGGCAGCACGCAGUGCAAGGAUCCAUCAAGCACCUGCGUGGACACUGCGCCUGGCUUUGAGUGUGUCUGCCCGCCGGGUUUCGAGCUCAGCAACGACGCUUGUAUUGACAGCAACGAAUGCAUGAGCGGAACGCACGGCUGCAAUGCGCUGAGUGCCACCUGCACGAACACGGUGGGUUCGUAUCGCUGCGACUGCGACCCCUCGACCGAGCUGGUGGGGCCCGCUGGCGUGUGCAUAGCCGACACCUGCACACAGGGCACACACAAGUGCCACAGCACCGCCACAUGCUCCUACUGGCUCGGUCGGCUGAGCUGCGCCUGUCUCAAGGGUUACGUCGGCAACGGAACCACCUGCUCGGACACGGACGAGUGUGCCUCGUGGAAGGACAACACGUGCAGUGAGCACGCCACGUGCACAAACGAACCGGGCGCGUUUCGCUGCGAGUGCUACGAGGGCUAUGACGGUGACGGGAAACGGUGCAAGGACGUGGACGAGUGCGAUACACAGUGCCUGGGUGUCGACAUGAAGUGUCGUAACGUGCCCGGUUCGUUUGUCUGUUCUUGCGCCGACGCUGGAUACCGGUUCGGCACGGGCCAGUGCACCGACAUUAACGAGUGCUCGGAGGGCACACACACGUGCUCGCCACUCGCCAACUGCAGCAACACAGGAGGGCAUUACGAGUGCAAGUGCGGUGUAGGGUACGUCGGAGACGGCUUCACCUGCGCUGACAAAAAGGAAUGCUCGGUGAGAAGGGACCACAACUGUCAUGUGUUUGCUUCAUGCCGCAAUACGGAUGGAUCUUUUUUGUGUAAUUGUCUGAGUGGGUAUUCUGGAGAUGGCGUUGUAUGCGAAGACGAGGAUGAGUGUAGAAUGGGUAUGCAUAACUGCCAUCAACUAUCAUCGUGCAAUAAUACCAUUGGGAAGUUCAAUUGCUCAUGUCCAAGUGGCUACUCAGGCAAUGGAGUUGUUUGUGCCGAUGAGGAUGAGUGUUCUGAUCGUACUGACAACUGUGCUGAAAAAGCUUCUUGCAGGAAUAUCGCUGGUUCAUUUGUUUGUCACUGCCUGACAGGGUACUUUGGAAAUGGUGUUACAUGCUCGGAUCAUGAUGAGUGCCAGACCAAUAAGCAUACGUGUGACCAAUUUGCCCGUUGCACUGAUAACGAGGGAGGGUUCAGCUGUGUUUGUGAGCCAGGCUAUGAUGGUAAUGGAACUACUUGUGUCAAUAAGGAUGAGUGUUCAUCAGCUGGUGGUCAUAAUUGUCAUAAAUUAUCAUCCUGCAGAGAUACUGAAGGCUCUUUCGUGUGCCAAUGUCCUGCUGGAUAUUCUGGAGAUGGUGUAAAUUGUGGAGAUAAUGAUGAGUGUGGAAUGGGUAUGCAUAACUGCCAUCGACUAGCAUCGUGCAAUAAUACCAUUGGGAAUUUCACUUGCGCGUGUCAAAGUGGCUACUCAGGCAAUGGAGUUGUUUGUGCCGAUGAGGAUGAGUGUUCUGAUCGUACUGACAACUGUGCUGAAAAAGCUUCUUGCAGGAAUAUCGCUGGUUCAUUUGUUUGUCACUGCCUGACAGGGUACUUUGGAAAUGGUGUUACAUGCUCGGAUCAUGAUGAGUGCCAGACCAAUAAGCAUACGUGUGACCAAUUUGCCCGUUGCACUGAUAACGAGGGAGGGUUCAGCUGUGUUUGUGAGCCAGGCUAUGAUGGUAAUGGAACUACUUGUGUCAAUAAGGAUGAGUGUUCAUCAGCUGGUGGUCAUAAUUGUCAUAAAUUAUCAUCCUGCAGAGAUACUGAAGGCUCUUUCGUGUGCCAAUGUCCUGCUGGAUAUUCUGGAGAUGGUGUAAAUUGUGGAGAUAAUGAUGAGUGUGGAAUGGGUAUGCAUAACUGCCAUCGACUAGCAUCGUGCAAUAAUACCAUUGGGAAUUUCACUUGCGCGUGUCAAAGUGGCUACUCAGGCAAUGGAGUUGUUUGUGCCGAUGAGGAUGAGUGUUCUGAUCGUACUGACAACUGUGCUGAAAAAGCUUCUUGCAGGAAUACCGGUGGCUCGUUUGUCUGUCACUGCCUGGACGGGUACUUUGGCGAUGGUGCUGCAUGCUCGGAUUAUGACGAGUGCCAGACUGAUGAGCACACGUGCGACCGAAACGCCAAAUGCGUCAACAAAGAGGGAGAUUUUCGCUGCGUGUGCGAGGACGGAUAUACUGGCAACGGCAUCAACUGCACGGACAAGGACGAAUGCUCGGCUAGCGUUCGUGCGUGCUCUGCAGACGCGUCGUGUCGCAACACCCGUGGCUCCUUUCUCUGCCAGUGCCAGGCCGGCUACGACGGGGACGGCCUUGUGUGCCGGGACGAAAACGAGUGCAAUGCGAAAACUCACUCGUGCCACCGGCACGCGCUCUGCUCCAACCGCGUGCCGGGGUUCCACUGCGAGUGCAAAGAGGGCUACGAGGGCAAUGGCAUCUCCAACUGCUCCGACAAGAAUGAAUGCAUGGACAAGCUGGACUCGUGCCACGCCGCGGCCACUUGUUCGAACACCGACGGCUCAUUCUCGUGUGCCUGCAAUCGCGGCUAUGCUGGCAAUGGGUACGAGUGCAAGGACGUGGAUGAGUGUUCCCACGGUCUCCACGCAUGCUCCGUGUCGAUUGCCACCUGUCAGAACCAGCAGGGUGCGUACAGCUGCCAUUGCAUCCCAGGUUACCGCGGCAACGAAACACACUGCACGGACGAGAACGAGUGCGCGGGCGAAGCGCACGGUUGCCACGCCGACGCCGUGUGCACGAACACCGAGGGCGGUUUCCGGUGUCAGUGCAACUCGGGUUUCCAAGGUGACGGGCAGACAUGCUCGGACGCGAACGAGUGUUUGUCGGAGACGCACAAUUGCCACCGGCUGGCCAAGUGCCUCAACUCUGACGGCAAUUUCACAUGUGAAUGCCUCGGCGGAUAUACCGGUGAUGGUGUCAGUUGUCAUGAUUGGGACGAGUGUGCGGUUGGCAUGGAUGACUGCGAUCGCUUGGCUAACUGCUCAAAUACACCGGGAAGCUACAUUUGCCGUUGCCCCGACGGGUACUCUGGAAAUGGAUCCGAAUGCGCAGACAAAAAUGAAUGUCAACUGCAAACUCACAACUGUCACCCGCAAGCAACGUGCUCCAACAUUCCCAAAUCUUUCAAAUGCAACUGUGACCAAGGUUAUGAAGGAGAUGGUGUCCAAUAUGGUAAUUUCACAUGUUCUUGUGACGGAGGUUACCACGGGAAUGGUGUUGAUUGCAAUGACGACGAUGAGUGUAGCGUGCUGGCAGCCGAUGGUACUGCAGCUGUCUGCGGCUCCCAGGCAAACUGCACCAACAUCCCUGGGUCCUAUUUGUGCAAAUGCCCAGUGGGUUAUUACAAGAAUAAGACUGGUGACUGUUUGGAUACUAAUGAGUGCUUGCAAGACAUACACAAUUGUCACCGAUUGGCGACUUGCAAUAAUUCACCAGGGUCCUUCACAUGCCAGUGUCGUGCAGGCUACGGUGGAAACGGAGUUCAGUGUACUGAUAAGAACGAAUGCCGGGACAGCUCGGACACUUGUGAUAAGCGGAGUCAAUGCCAGAACACCGAAGGGUCCUACGAGUGCCGUUGCCGCAGCGGUUUUAAUCGAGACGGGAAGACCUGCUCAGACAUCGAUGAGUGCCACCUGAAGACGCACGAUUGCCAUCGGCUGGCUUUCUGUAAUAAUGUCGAAGGCUCAUUUGAGUGCAACUGCUAUGUUGGCUAUGCCGGUGAUGGUGUCAGUUGUCACGAUUGGGACGAGUGUGAGGAUGGCGUGGAUGACUGCGAUCACCUGGCUAGCUGCUCCAACACGGCGGGCAGCUACGUCUGCCACUGUCUGGAUGGCUACUCUGGCGACGGGCGGACAUGCACGGACAUCAACGAGUGCUCGCUGCAGCUUCACGACUGCGAUCCCGCCGCCACCUGCAACAACAACCCUGGGUUCUUCUCCUGCCAGUGCUGGUCGGGUUACAAAGGCUCGGGCGUCGCGUGUCAGGACAAGGACGAGUGUCAGGAGGGGAGCCACGGCUGCGGCGCGCUCUCCGUCUGCAGCAACACGCCCGGCGCGUUCCACUGCCAGUGCAGGACUGGCUACGAGUGGCGAGUGGACGGGUGCGGAGAUCGUGACGAAUGCGCUAGCGGCCAGCACAACUGCCACACGCAGGCCACCUGCCGCAACACCGCCGGCUCGUUCUGGUGCGAAUGCCUAAAGGGCUACCUGGGUAACGGCACGGAUUGCGACGAUGCGGACGAGUGCACCCUGGGAGACGACACGUGCCAUCCGCACCUGGCCACGUGCCGUAACGUCAUCGGCUCCUACGUAUGCCACUGCCGCGACGGUUACUAUGGCAACGGGGUGGUAUGUACCGACCACGAUGAGUGCAAACAGGAGCAGCACACGUGCGAUCGGCGAGCGCGCUGCAUCAACAAGGACAGUGCGUACGACUGCAGCUGCGAGACUGGGUACAAGGGCAACGGGUUCAACUGCAGCGACGAGAACGAGUGCGAGCAGGAGACACACAGUUGCCACGGCAGCGCCACCUGCACCAACCUCGAAGGCACGUUUGCGUGCUCGUGCAAGCCUGGCUACCAUGGUAACGGGCUGGACUGUCGGGAUCGGGACGAGUGUAAGGAGCAUGUGGCCAACUGCCACCAUCUAGCCAUCUGCAAUGACAAUCCAGGUUCCUAUGUAUGCUCCUGUGCCCAUGGCUACGAAGGAGAUGGCGUCGGCAAUUGCACCGACAAGGACGAAUGCAAACUCGGAACAGACAACUGCCACAAAGACGCGGAGUGCGUAAACUAUGCCGGUGCUUUUUCGUGCUUCUGCAAUCCUGGCUACCGAGGCAACGGGCUUGACUGUCGGGAUCGGAAUGAGUGCUAUGACGGCGUCGCCAACUGCCAUCGACUGGCCGCGUGCGUCGAUAAUCACGGAUCAUACUCGUGCACGUGCAAAGCCGGCUAUGCUGGCGACGGGAUCAGCUAUUGCCAUGACAGCGACGAGUGUCAGACGGGCAACGAAUGCCACUCGCACGCCACGUGCCGGAACACGUACGGCUCCUAUCGCUGCUUCUGCGCAAGUGGGUACGAAGGCACGGGCAAGGCAUGCGCCGACAUCAACGAGUGCGAGGGCGGCGUUCACAGCUGCACGAUCCACUCCACGUGCCGAAACACCGUCGGCUCAUUCGAGUGUGACUGCGCCCCGGGCUACCUAGGCAACGGGAAUGAAACCUGCCACGACGUGAAUGAGUGUGAGGGCAGCAGCGACAACAGCUGCCACGCGCCCUCGACCACGUGUCAAAACUUGAUCGGUUCGUACCGCUGCCAGUGUCGUCACGGUUAUCGAUACUCCGCCGCCACCGACGGUGGCAGCACGACACGCUGCUUCGACAAGAACGAGUGCGCGCUCGACGUCCAUGGUUGUCAUAGCAACGCGCACUGCGACAACUCGCCGGGCAACUACACGUGCGUGUGUGCGGACGGUUACCAUGGCGACGGAUUCGGUUGCCAGGACGACGACGAAUGCGCCGACAACCGCGGGGGCUGCCACGCAAAGGCGAAGUGCCGGAAUCUGAUCGGCAGGUACAAGUGCUCGUGCAACGAGGGCUACACUGGAAACGGGUUCGCCUGCGAAAACAUACAUGAGUGCAACGCAAAGACUCACUCGUGUCAUCCACACUCGGCGACCUGUACAGACGUCGACGGCUCGUUCACGUGCAAAUGCAUCACCGGAUUCCAUGGCAACGGCACGACUUGUUCGGAUGUUGACGAGUGCAGCACCGACGGUGCGUCGAAUUGUCAUGGCAACGCGCACUGCUACAACAUGCACGGCUCGUACUUCUGUGCGUGCGCCACGGGUUAUCAGGGGCCGGGCGAGGUGUGUGAUGACCACGACGAGUGUGGGGAGAGCGUGCACAACUGCAGCCUGCACGCCAGCUGCGCCAACACUGUCGGUGCGUACGCGUGCACCUGUCUCGCGGGUUUCCAAGGCAACGGAGUCACGUGUGGCGAUCGAGACGAGUGCCUUCUGGGCGAGCACAAUUGCCACGAGCAGGCGGCAUGCACAAACACGUUUGGGUCGUUCCACUGCACGUGUCUCAAGGCCUACAAGGGUGAUGGAGUCGUGUGCAAGGAUCGAAACGAAUGCCAGGCCGGCACGCACAACUGCCACUGGAUGGCCGACUGUUUGAACUCAAACGCGACGUUCUCUUGCUCGUGCCGCGCCGGGUUCGUCGGCAACGGGCUGGAGUGCUUUGACGAGGACGAAUGCUCGGCGCAGACGCACCAGUGCGAGGAGCUGGAGCGGGGCGGUGUGUGCCGCAACGUACUCGGCUCAUACGACUGCUACUGCUCCACGGGGUAUACGGGCAGCGGGUAUCAGUGCGAAGACUUGAACGAGUGCGAGGAGACCACGCGAGAUGACGCGGAGCUGCGCUACUGUGACCCGCUGCUCUCCGAGUGCACGAAUACGAAUGGCUCGUACGCGUGCGAGUGCGUGACCGGGUACGAGGGCGAUGGCCUGCUCUGCGAGGACGUGGACGAGUGCGUGCUGCGAACGCAUGAGUGCGACCUUGGCAGCACCAAGUGUCGCAACACGCGUGGCUCCUACACCUGUGUGUGUCGCCGUGGUUACGAAGCGGCGGCCACCGACGGUUCUGGCAAAUGCCAGGACGUGGGCGAGUGUGUGUUGCAAACUCACAAGUGCAGCAGUGUCGCCAAGUGUAGCAACGUGGUCGGUUCAUACAAGUGUUCGUGUCGAGCUGGCUACACCGGCAACGGCAUACAGUGCGUUGACAUCAACGAGUGUGGCCAUGGUAACGGUGACGCCGCCGCAGACGUAACCAUGACGAAUGCUGGCGACGACGCAGUGUCCACGCACACCUGUCACGCCAUGGCCAGCUGCCACAACACGCUGGGCUCGUUCACGUGCAGCUGUCGCCACGGUUACACCGGCACCGGCUUUGACUGCGUGAAUCUGAAUGAGUGCGAGGCGAACACAUACAGCUGUGAUGUGAACGCCGAGUGCAAGGACACGACCGGCUCAUACGUCUGUCAAUGCAACAGCGGCUAUGUCGGAGAUGGUCAGAUUUGCAAUCAUCCAGGCACUAUAUGCGAGGUCUUCACACGCUACGACGCCACCGGCCUGCACUGCGUGCCAUGCCAGUGCAGCGAGUUCGGCACGGCACAGUGCAACGCCUCCAACGGCGCCUGCACUUGCAAACCCAACAACGUCGGCCCGCAGUGCAAGUCGUGCGCGCCCGGCUACCACAAGGGCGGUCACGUGGACGCCGACUGCACGGAGUGCGACUGCCCGCCAGAGCGCAGCACCAAGGCGUGCGAUCCGGUGUAUGGCCGGUGUCGCUGCCUGGCAGCGUAUCGCGGCGAUCGCUGUCAGCAGUGUUCUCCCGGUCAUUAUGCACGCGAUGGCGGCUGCGCGCCGUGCCAGUGCAGUGUCCUGGGGGCUAGCAGCACGCAGUGCGACGUUGUCACCGGCCACUGCCAGUGCAAGGAGAAUCGCAUUGGGAAAAUGUGCGGCGAAUGCAAGCAGGGCUACUUCAUCAACUCCGCCAAAGAGUGUCAAGCCUGCCAGUGCUCUCUGUACGGCUCCGCGACGAGUAUCUGUUCACAAUCAUCCGGGCAAUGUCAGUGCAGCAGUGGUUAUAUGGGCAGGGACUGCACGGAUUGUUCCGACCCCAGACAGUACUUCUCGACCAUUGGGUGCCGAGAUCCGCCAAACUCUUUCCUGGUUCCAUCCACCUUGAUGCCGGUCUCCGGUCAAAAACAUACCGUCAAGUUUGGACACGGUUUUAUUUUUGGUCCCAAUUACAAGACAUAUACUAACCUUAAGGUAAGAGAGUGA